AAAAGGGCCUCUUCAUCCUCUUUUUCAAUAUGUCCAUGAUUGCAUUUGAAACCCUAUAUUUUUAGGUUAUUUAAAUAUUGCAGAGCAUUUGGCAGCUUCCUCCUAUUCUAUAAUACUGACUUUUCUGUCUUCUACUUUGUUUCUUUCUCUUUUUACAACUCUUCAACUUAACAUGACCAGACUGUAUGGAUUCGGUUCUAAUGGUAGUGGACAGUUGGGUAUUGGCCAUCUAGAGGACACAAAAGAACCUACUCUAUGUAUUGGCUUGCCUAAUGACAGUACCAUCGUUAAAGUGGCUGGUGGAGGCAAUCAUUCAGCUCUGAUUACAAAGCAUGGCAAACUUUUCAUGGCGGGCUUGUCGCAGUUUGGAGAAGAAGUUCAGAAGACAAUCCCUGAAUAUGUUCAAGGAAAUGCAGAAUGGACAACGUACCAACUGCGUUUCGAGCAUAUACAAUGGAAGGAUAUAGCUUGCGGUUGGGCAUGCACUCUCAUGUUGGAUACAGCAGGACAACUGUAUGGUAUAGGUACGAGCCGGUGGAAUGAAUUAUUAGGAUCUAGCACCGACAAACUUCGACGCAUUGAGCAUGACAGUUUGAAAAAUAUUGUAUCAGUAAGCUGUGGAUGGAGACAUGUAGUGGUUUUGGAUAAAGAAGGACAGGUCUAUGGUUGGGGAUGGGGUAAAAAGGGUCAAUUAGGUCCUUUGUCCUCUCCAUCGAUUGUGAUAGAUACAAAAAAAGAUAUUCGAUCCGUGCAAAAAAUUGAUAUGCCUCAAACCAUAGUUGAAAUAGCCUGUGGACAUGUACACACACUAUUGCGAGGGCAAGAUGGAACUGUAUAUGGAUUGGGAUCAAACAAAUAUAGUCAGCUGGGAGAGGCAAUAGAUGACGAAAAUGAUGGGUCAUUAUCUGUGGUCUUUAAAAAUGCGGCAUUGGUUGACGCGUGUUGGCAUAACAGCGCGAUCUUAGAUAGUGCGGGCGAUAUAGAAAUACUUGGAAGAAAUGAUCAUGGCCAAUUAGGAACCUGCCAACCACCUUUGAAAAAGAUUGCUUGUGGGUCAGAGCAUGUUGUUGCUAUUAGCAAAGAAACUGAGCAUGCUUUAGCAUGGGGCUGGAAUGAACACGGUAAUUGUGCAUCUGAUGAAUUAUUCACCUCUCAACCCGUCUACUUAGACCAGUUUGGAAAGGUUGACGUUAUUGGUGCAGGCUGUGCCACUUCAUGGUUUGGCACCAAUACCGCCUAUGAUAGAAGUACAUCGUGAGAGAUAUUAGUGGCGGACCUACAAAACAGAUUACUCAUUCUUUGUAUCACGGCUUUCUCGUACUAAAAUCUUUACCAUUACGCUCAAAUCAAAUGCAUUUGACUCCCUUUUUUUUUCUACCACUAUCAUUGUUCUUAUUCCCAU